UAGAGAGAGAAAAAGAGAGAGGGAGAAAGUGAACGGAAUAAAGUCAUGUUGACCAGUGACCAGCACGUCUACAGAACGUUUGGAUAUUUGGAGCGGGUUUAAAAUUGAUUAUGUGGUAGUAACUUAUUUACACCUGGAUGGAACUCUGGCGAUGCGCUUGGAUUUUAGGAUAACUGGCGCCACAAUUUACAAUUGAGAAGCAGCAAUACUGCACUGGAGAAAGCAACAAGGUAGCAAACACAUGCACAAUCAUCCAAGGUACUGUAGCCCCCAAAACUAGGAGAUAUGAGGGGACUUUGUAUCUGGAUUCUGAGAGUUUCCAUGCUUCUGCUGCUGCUCAGGCCAAAUCCCCUGGAUUGCCAGCUCACUACAGACCACAGGAAGGUUCCUCAAAGGGCAGAGCCCCAGCAGCAGGAGGCUGGAGGAGUGCAGGGUGGGGGCCCAGGCUCCUGGGGCUCCUGGGGGCCUUGGUCCUCCUGCUCCCGCUCCUGUGGGGGAGGGGUUCAGGAACAGAACCGACCCUGCCUACCCUCCUACAACCCCUCCAUGGGUGCAGCUGCCUUCCCCUCCAGGCCAGGUGGCCACCUCCCCCAGCACCCCAACCAGAACCCAGGCCAUGUCAUGUCUGCCCUAAGACCCACUGUCCCGCUGCACCGCACCAAUCCUGGGAGACCCCCACCCUCCAACAGCAACACCAGCUUGGCCCGCCGAGGCGAGCUGAGGGACCAGCAGAGAGACAGAGAGGCCCAUGCUGGACACAGGAUGGGCAGUGACAGUCCCAUCAUUCCAGGGAAGUAUGGCUAUGGGAGGAUGCCUUACGUUGUGUCUCUCCAGACAGACAAAGGCCAGAUGUCUGGAAUAGAGACAGGGGCUGGUCUUUCCCACAGACAGAGACGCUCCCCACUCUCUGACCCCAGCCCAUCAGCCACCAGGCACGGAGGCCACAGGCCAAACCCCUACCGUCCGCCCUACAAUCUCCACAGCUACAGCCCAGUCUAUCACCAGCCCCCAGCCUCCCAACCUAGGUCUAACGCUAACCCAGCCUCCCCUCCCAGGGCUAACCCUAGCCCAGCCUCCCAGCCCAGGUCUAACCCUAACUCUAACCCUAACCCAGCCCCCCAGCCUAGGGCUAACCCUAAUUCAGCCCCCCAGCAUAGGUCUAACCCUAACCCAGCCUCCCAGCCCAGGGCUAACCCUAACCCAGCCUCUCAGCCCAGGGCUAACCAUAACCCAGCCUCCCAGCCCAGGGCUAACCCUAACCCAGCCCCCCAGCAUAGGUCUAACCCUAACCCAGCCUCCCAGCCCGGGGCUAACCCUAACACUAACCCUAACCCAGCCCCCCAGCAUAGGUCUAACCCUAACCCAGCCUCCCAGCCCAGGGUGAACUCUAACCCAGUCCCCCAACCCAGAUAUAACCCUAACCCAGCCUCCCAGACCAGGUCUAACCCUAACCCAGCCUCCCAGCCCAGGGCUAACCCUAACCCAGCCCACCAGCCCAGGGCUAACCCUAACCUAGCCCCUCUGCCCAGGGCUAACUCUAACCCUAACCCAGCCCCCAGGCCCAGGUCUAACCCUAAUUCUAACCCACCCUGGUCCUCCUCACUCUACCAGCCCAGCCAGGGGCACCAACCUAGGCAGGAGCAGCAGCACUCAUCCAGCCAGGCCUCAGCGGCUCAGCAACCCUUUGGACAGACCUACAACCCACUGCCCACCUCCUCCUGUGUGGGAGAGCACAACCAGUACAAGAUUUGCAACACUGAUGCCUGUCCUCCAGCCAGUAGACACAUCAGAGCGGUGCAGUGUUCUUCCUACAACAGCUAUCCCUUCAUGGGUCGACUGUACGAGUGGGAGCCUUUCAAUGAAGUUUCAGGGGACCAGCGUUGUGAGCUCAACUGUCGUGCGAUCGGUUUCCGCUUCUAUGUGCGUCAAUCAGAUAAGGUCAUCGAUGGGACGCCGUGCGGCCAGAACGAGACUUCCAUCUGUGUGGCAGGGAGGUGUCAGAGUCUGGGCUGCGAUGAGUACCUGGACUCAGGCAAGGUGAUGGACAAGUGUGGGGUGUGUGGCGGGGACAACAUGGCCUGUAAGCUGGUGUCAGGGCUCUUCCAGCAGCACAGCCUGAACAAGGUGGGCUACCACAAGAUAGUGGAGAUCCCAGAGGGAGCCACCAAGAUCAAUGUCACCGAGACGGUGAAGAGCAGGAAUUACCUGGCUCUGAAAAGCCGCUCAGGUCGCUCCAUCAUCAAUGGGAACUGGGCCAUUGACCGGCCAGGGAAGUAUGAGGGGGUGGGCACCAUGUUCACCUACCGACGACCCAAUGAGGUCACCAGCACCGCCGGGGAGUCCUUCCUGGCUGAAGGGCCAACCAAUGAGAUCCUGGAUGUUUAUGUGAUCUACCAGCAGCCCAACCCAGGAGUGAGCUAUGAAUUCAUCCUUCCCUCUGACAACCCUCCACAGCACCCCAACUACAGACCUGGAGGGAAUACUCUGCAUGGGCAAAGUGGGAUUGACCACCGGGGCAACCCCAACCAGGAGGGGUACGCUCCCCAGGUACCCAACAACCAGGUGCCAGCGGUCCAGCCAUCCAAACGUCAGAGAGAAUACAACUGGAAACUGUCUGGGGCAACAGAUUGUAGCGCCUCCUGUGGCAGAGGUAGCAGGUACACCAUCUUCCGCUGUGUCCACAGACUGAGCCAUGAGCAGGUACCAGAGAACCAGUGUGACAGCAGCACCAGGCCCAGUUCACAGGAGGAGCCCUGCAACCUUCAGUCCUGCCCUGCCUUCUGGGACAUUGGUGAGUGGUCGGAGUGCAGUAAGACAUGUGGCCUGGGUAUGCAGCACCGCCAGGUCUUGUGCAGGCAGGUGUAUGCCAACCGGACCCUCAACGUCCACACCAGCCGCUGCCGCCACCUGGAGCAGCCCGAGACCACCAGCACCUGCCAGCUGAAAAUCUGCAGCGAGUGGCAGAUACGAACCGAGUGGAGCGCCUGCUCUGUUCCCUGUGGCGUGGGCCAGAGGACCAGGGAGGUGCACUGUGUCAGCAACAUGGGAGACUUUGUGUCAAACGAGGAGUGCAACAUGAAGCUGCAACCCAGUGACAAUGAGAACUGUGACAUGGGGCCCUGUGCUAAAAGUUGGUUCUUCACUGAUUGGGGGAAUAAGUGUUCUGCUGAGUGUGGGAUGGGCAUCCGGACCCGUGGCGUUCUGUGCCUGACCAAUCACAUUAGCAGCUUGCCUCUGGAAGGGUGUGGCCAUGAGCGCCCCACUGACUCUCAGGUCUGUAAUCACGGCCCCUGUGAGAGUCGCAUCGAGUGGUUUACAGCCCCCUGGAGUCAGUGCUCAACGGAGUGUGGCUCGGGCAGCCAGCAGAGGGCAGUGGUGUGUCUGAUGAAGUCUGACGAGGGGUUCAAUGUAAUGCCGCCCUACGAAUGUUCUUCUCUAGACAAGCCUCUUAAUCAGCAGAGCUGCCACCUCAAGCCCUGUGGGGCCAUGUGGUACCACACAGACUGGAGCGCUUGUUCUAAGACGUGUGAGGGGGGCUUCCGUGUGAGGGAGGUGCGCUGUCUGUCUGAUGACAUGCUUUCCAGUAAGGGCUGUGAAGAGGAGCUGAAACCAGUGGAGAGAGAAGAGUGCAACCCAGAGCCCUGCGUCCCACACAUAGACGAGAACUGUCGAGACAAGUAUUUCAACUGCAAUGUGGUGGUCCAAGCACGUCUCUGUGUGUACGACUACUACAAGACAACCUGUUGUGCCUCCUGCACACGAGUGGCCCAUAGACAGUCACAACACAGGGCACUCAGCUAGCCCCCUCCCCAGGCCUCAGACCUCUAGGGGGCCUGACACAGCGCCCAGAGCAGGCCCUCAGUCCCUGGGCCAAACACACUGACCCACGAUGGAGAGGACAGCCUAGAACCUGACUCUGGGUGGACAUUGACUGGACACUAUAAUAUGAGUGCUGAAAAUACAGACUGAAAAACUGAAAGACCGCAAAGAAAGGAAGUGAAAGCCCAACUUGUUUUUGGCAUGUGAGGAGAUUGCCAAUGGGCAAUACGGGAAACUGAAUGGUUCUUGUAGGAUGGUUGUGAAGGACACGUUUAACAGUGCUAUGAGUGGAGGAGCUCUGGUGAGGCGAGAUGAUAGACAGGACACCAAACCGAAGAAUAUGGAACCACUUUAUGGUCUGUAACCAGAAUCCCCUCCAGUAAAAGGUCCCGUCUGGGUUUUUGUUGUGUUUCAUGGGAAGCAGUUCGCCGCUGCCAUCCACCUGAAUGGGUUAAGGUCUUGAAAAAGGUCUUUGGCCGAAACGUUGACAGAAUAAACAACGUGCAGAGGUAA